AUGCUCACACAAACAUCCACUCCCCCCCAGUCCAUCUCCCCGGAACAGCACGCCCAGCUCACCUCCUCCACCCCUGCCAGCUUCACCGACAUACCCCCAGUGCUCAGGUGGGAGGACGAUGCCGAGGUCGAGCUUUCUUCUUUGAGCGGUGGAUGGGAGGCGUGGGGGUCACAGGGUACAAAGGCUGGAGGAAGGCUUUAUGUGACUGAAGAGUCUGUCGCAUUCAUCCCCUCUGCCUCUGCUACCCCAGGCUUCAACCUCCCUUACGUCUACCUCACCCUCCACGCCCUGACUCCAGCAAGUGCCAACGGACCUGCGCACUUGUAUUGCCAAGUAGACGAGUCAGACGCUCCCGGGAGCGACGCCAUUCAGGUGGAUGCUCCUGUCAAUGGAAAUGGGGCUGUCAACGGGGAAGCAGAGGAUGAAGAUGAGGAUGAAGAAGUGGAAGGCGAGGAAGAGUUUACGGAGAUGAGGGAAGUCAGAAUAUAUCUGCCGGAUGCUUCCAAGCUUGAAUCCCUCUUCGCAGCCCUCUCCCAAUGCUCAGCUCUCCACGCAUCCCUCCUCCCCAACGGCGAGCCUUCCAACUUUUUCGGCUUUGGCGCCGAUGACUCUGACGGCGAGGGCGAGGACGGGCAGUGGGAUGAUGCAGACGAGGAGGGACAGGAUGAAACUGGGAGGAUUGACAAGAGGAUCAAGGUCGCAACAGCUGAGAAGGUCGAGGACAAGAAGGCGGGGGAUGAAGAAGGAGAAGUGGUGGAUCAGAUGGAGCGGUUCUUGAAUAUGGUGGAUUGGGGAAAUGUGGAAAAGCCCAAGGGCUGGGAUGAGGCUGCUUGA